AUGGCAGAGCAUCCGUCUUUCACAUUGGCAGGCUUGUUGGCGGUCGGAGGAACUGCUGGCUAUCUCCGAACACGCUCAACACCAAGCCUUGUCGCUGGAAUCGGAUUGGGUGCUUCGUACGCUCUUGCUGGCUACCGUAUCAAGCAGAACCAGGAUUACGGCACUGAACUUGCGCUUGGCAACAGCAUCAUGUUGAUGGGCUCUGCGAUACCGCGCAUCAUGAAGACCGGCGGACGCGCGCCUGUGCCGAUCGCUCUGGGUGCGACUGGUGCGCUGGCGACUUACUACUACCAAAAGAAGGUGCGCGAGUUCAGGUAUGGUGUCUGA